GCAAGCCACUGACUGGAUUGAGACGUUGCUUAACGCCAAUCGUCUGCUGUUUGGAUUACAGUAUUCACGUUUUCAUUGAAAGAUAAAAAGGUUUAAAAACAGUGAUGGCAUUUCUCAUGAUCACCACCACCACUGCCCUGUAUCCAGGCUACGGAAUGGAGACACCUUACAGCAACAACCACACAUUGCUCAUCAACGGAACAGAAGACGACUAUUAUGACUACGAAUCCGAUGAACACGCAGAGCUCCGGAAAUCUCUCAACAUCAUGUCCCUCAUUGUUUACUGCCUGGCCUUUGUGCUGGGAGUGCUUGGGAAUGGGGUGGUAAUCUGGGUGGCGGGAUUCAAGAUGAAAAAGACAGUGAACACUGUGUGGUUCCUCAACCUGGCUGUGGCUGACUUCCUCUUCACUGCCUUCCUGCCCCUGAGUGUGACCUACACUGCCAUGGAUUUCCACUGGCCUUUUGGCAGGUUCAUGUGUAAGCUCAACAGCACCCUGAGCUUCCUCAACAUGUUUGCCAGCGUCUACAUCCUGGUGGUGAUCAGCGUGGACCGAUUUGUGUCCGUGGUCUAUCCUGUCUGGGCCCAAAAUCACCGCAGCCCACGCAAGGCGUCGGUGGUGAGCCUGGGCGUCUGGCUUUUUGCCCUGGUCUUGAGCGCCCCCUACUUUGUCUUCCGAGACACCGCACCUGCAUACCACGACAAGACCGUGAUCAACUGCUUCAACAAUUUUGCCCUUUCGGAGGACUAUGAUACACUGGCUGUGUUGGAACUGAGGGCACGCCUUCACGGCGCAAUGAUCAUCACCCGCUUCCUCCUGGGCUUUGUGAUCCCUUUCACCAUCAUUGUCUCCUGCUAUGCAGUCAUCAUCCACAGGCUCAAGAGGAACCGCUCCCUGUCUAGCCGCUCGGGGCGCCCCUUCAAGAUAAUUGCGGCGGUCAUUACUGCCUUCUUUCUUUGCUGGGCCCCUUACCACAUCCUGGUUCUGAUCGAAAUGGUCAACCACACGGCUGCUGAAUCUAGCACCACCCUUAACCUCAUCAUCACCAUUGGAAUCCCCAUUGCCACCAGCUUGGCCUUCCUCAACAGCUGUCUGAACCCACUGCUUUAUGUAUUCAUGGGCCAGGACUUCAAGGACAAGGUGCGCAAGUCCAUCCUCACGGUGCUGGAGACUGCCUUCACGGAGGAGGUGUCUCGGUCCAAUUCACAUUCAAAUUCGGCCAUCCACAGCCGCAGCAAAGAAAAGUCAUUCUCUGAUUCAGAAGUAUGAGCACUGGUGCAACACUCAUGUUAAUACACCUUGCAUGCAGGACUGGAGAUGAUUAGUCACAAUCUCAGGAGUUUGAAAUUGAAAGAUAAGAUAUGCAUACCCAUAUAAAUAGAGAUCACCAUACCUUCAGAGAGACGACAUGAAGUUUUGAAUCCUAUUGCAUUUCACUGAGUGCUCACUGAGUGUAUGUUGUCUUGUGGCUGCAGAAUUGUUGUUUCCUGCCAUGUUUGUUAUUUUUUACAUUGAUGAAGGAAGCUGUGUAAAAAAAUGGUUAAUAGAACUUGUUUUGAGUGAAUGUUUGUCACAGUAAAAGCAAAGUGUUGGAUUCACAAAAAGGCAGGUUCUUUUUAUCUGUUGCAACAAAAUUUAUAUCAAUGUCGAAGCUAUGACUAUUUUUGCAUUAUUUGCACGAUGAAAUAAUAAUGAGAAUGUGAAGCGCAUUUAGCCAAUCUUUUCUUUCAAAUUCAUAUAAAAAUAUUUUUGGAUGCUAAUUCAUACAUUUAUAUUUCAAAAGGAUGUUUAAUAUGCAAAAUAUUCCAUAAAGGUAUAUCACCAGGGGUGAAGUGGUAUACAGAUAAUCCAUGGUGACCAGGGGUUUGAUUAUCCACAUUUGCUCUUUUUGUACUAUGAUACCAUCUCUAUCUGAAACCCUCUUUGCUUUACCCUUGUAUAUAAUGAGGGUGGACUGUCUGCUCUCAUUAAAAAUAACACCAGGAAGUAUAAAAUCUUUUAUCAUGGUGUCAUGCCAAAAAAAUCUAAUUAGAAGCUUUUUUUAAUGUCAUUUUUAAUUUGCUCCGCAUGCAUUCUCUGUUGUAAUUCCUAAUGACUUUGUUUUUUAUAAUUGUUGUAAUUCCUUCUCAUUUCUUGUUGAGCUAUCUCAUUGAUUUCCUAUCGAUUCCUUGAUCUCUGUUGAUCCUGAUUUCUGCUGCCAUUGAAUCAAUGCCCUAACCUUAUGUAUAGAUGCACACAUACUUAAGGAUGCGCACACGCACACUCCCUCGUGCUGCAUGCCCCGUAAACUCCAAUUCACUUCCAGUGACCCCAAGUUAUAUUGCUGUAGAGACUCUAUUGAUUUAUUUUUUUGACUCCUUGAUUCUGGAUGAUCCUGAUUUCCACUAUGAUUGAAACAAUACAACGACCUUAUACACACACAUACUCAUUCUCACUCACCAAUCAUAGAAAUGCAUACACACAGAUGCUUACGUGUAUGCACACAGGCACACACACACAGAGUUCCUGUUUAAUUUAACGGACUACCAACAUCUCAAAUCCACCCCGCACUGCCCCCUCUGGUCAGGACCGUAAUUCAUAUGGCUCAUGAAACAAUGAAAACAAUGUAAGAAGAACUAUGAUGCCCCAUCACGAGCCUGAGCCUAGAUGCCCAUGCUUCUACAUACCCGAGGGGUGACCCCACCAAGGUAAAGGCAUUACUGGCAACACUAGCUCCGCCAACCCAUGGGCAGGGAAGUAGUACAGGACAAUCAGAGAGGGGGCGCAAUAUAGCCCUGAUGGACCAACUGCAACAUGACAGGUGUGCAUCAAUCCAAAUUUUGACCUACCCAUAACCCUCCCUCCCACACUGAAGGAACCCUGUCUCCUUUCCUCUGCCUCCACCUUUACUUAAGCCAUAGCCUCCCUUUCCCCCUAUAUACUGUAAACACUCACUUUAUAAUACAUACCCUUGCCUAAUUUGUUAUUUGUAUAUUAUACAUGUAACCACUUUUUGUCUGGUUAGCCUCACCUUGUCUAAUAUGUUAUUACUCUUUUCUGUAACCACUUUAUAAUGCAUAAUAAAAAAGAAGGGAAAACAAUAUGGCGUUGUGCCAAGGAUGGCAUAUGUUAGUGCAAACCUGUCUAAGAAGUCAUUCCCAUUGUAACAAGUCAUUUCAUUUAAUCUGCAAAAUUAUUAUUAUUUUAUAUUUGGUGUUGUCUGUGUAUUGACAUGGUCCACCAGAAAUUGUGAAAAUGUUAUGUACAUAAGAGAAAUGGGCGGCACGGAUGGUGCAGUGGGUAGUACUGCCGCCUCACAGCAAGGAGGUCCUGGGUUCGAAUCCCCGUCGGCCGGGGCCUCUCUGUGCGGAGUUUGCAUGUUCUCCCCGUGUCUGCGUGGGUUUCCUCCGGGUACUCCGGUUUCCUCCCACAGUCCAAAGACAUGCAUGUUAGGCUGAUUGGAGAGUCUAAAUUGCCCGUAGGUAUGAGUGUGUGAGUGAAUGGUGUGAGUGAAUGGUGUGUGUGCCCUGCGAUGGACUGGCAACCUGUCCAGGGUGUAUUCCUGCCUUUCGCCCAAUGUAUGCUGGGAUAGGCUCCAGCCCCCCUGCAACCCUGUUCAGGAUAAGCGGGUUCAGGUAAUGGAUGGAUGGACGUAAGAGAAAUGCACAUUUCAUGUUGAUCAUAAUGGAACAUAGUGUUUCUAGUUUGUUUUAAGUUUUUGUAUGUAAAUUGUGAACAACAAAUCUAAUGGCAUAUGGCUUGACUGCUUGAUAUACAGUGCAUUAUACAUGAUAUACAGCAUUAUAUCAACUUGGUAUCAAGAAUGGGUGUAACUUUUUUAUUUUACAGAAACAGUAUAUUAUUGGCUGUAGUACAAAAUGAACAAACAAU